AUGCGCCUCGCUGGGGGACACACGACAUUGAUAUGGCAUGACGACCCACUUGUUAUUCCUCGCCAAGAUCUAAAAACCCACCUCCUCUUUCUCCGCCUCCUCCUCUCCUUCCGUCUCCUUCCGCUCCCUUCCGCUCCCUCCGCCCCUUUCCCUUCCCCCCGCCUGCCCUCCCGCCCUUGUCCGUCGCGCAGACUCAUAUGGCAUUGGCGCUCGUCCUCCGCGGAGCCUCACAUACCAUUGGCGCGCUUCGUCCUCCUCGGAGUCUCACCCGGGACGGGCAGCCAAUGGGGAGCAACCCGACUCCAGCGUAAGCAGAAGGGGGGAGGGAGGAAUGGGGAAAAUGUGGGAGAACGGGGGGUGGCGGAAGGGACGGAGGCGGGAGAGGGGGGAGGCGAAUGUGUUAGAAUGGGGACGGGAAGCGGGGUGACAUUAGGGAAGGGGGAAAUCGAGCGGUUCCGCCCAGGUGGACUACGCGUGCAACGGGCUCAUGGAGGGCAGCCCCGUCGUCAUGGCGCCCUGAAGCCUCAUGUUCUGCCUUCCCCCCCCCUCUGUGUGUGCCUUGCCUCCCCCUCUGUGUGUGCCUUGCCUCCCCCUCUGUGUGUGCCUGCUCUUCCGCCCUCCUCCCAGUGGUUCCUCUCAGAUAGACUCUUCUCGUGCAACGGCCUCAUGGCGGGGGAGGGGACGCCACCGUCAUGGCGCCCUGAAGCCUCACGUCCAGCCUUCCCCCCCCCCCCCCCCCCUUCCAGUGGCUCCGCGCAGGUGGACUACUCGUGCAACGGCCUCAUGGCGGGGGACGCCACCGUCAUGGCGCCCGCGCCCGCCCCCUCCCCCGAAUCGCCUUCCCCCCCGCCUCCCCCCUCCACCACGCCCUCCCCCCCGCCCCCGUCGGGCGGAACCCCCCCCACCAAGGGCGUGCUGUGCCCCGCGUCCACGUUCGAUGGAUAUGAGUAUCAGCUGGAGCUGGGCAGUGGCAACUACCUGCUCCACUGGAAGUUCGCCUCCAACACGGUCAUCAACUUCCUGCUCGAAGCGCGAUCCAACACCAUCAUCAAAGACGCGUGGAUGGCCGUCGGAUUCUCCAAAAAAGGCAAAAUGAAGGGCUCGGAUGCAGUCAUCGGGAACCUCCCCGGCGUGGGCGCGUUCUACAUGAGCGGUUAUCGCCUGAAGAACAUCCAGCAGACGUCACUCUCCCUCGGGACCACUUCGGUGUCGACCACGAGUGAGGGCGGCACGUCCAUUGCCUUCAGUCGCACGGUGGGCACGGGGAACGUGCCGCUGAAGCUCAACACCACCAGCUACCUCAUCUGGGCGUUCGCCCAGACGGUCACUAAGAAGCUCUAUUUCCACGGCAUGAACCAGGGCGGGUAUGCAGUGGACUGGGCGUGCUACCAGGCGCCCAAGGCCCUGUGGGGCGGUGGGCCCGACUACGACAGCGAUGACUCCGAUGUUGACAAGGACUACUCCGGCGGCCCCUGGCAGGGCGCCAGCCUCCCCACUGAUGCUGCUGCUGCUGAUGGCGCUGCUGGCGGCCUCACUGCCACGCUUGUUGACCAGGGGCAAUCGAGUGGAGAUGCUGCUGCUGAUGCUGCUGCUGGUGAUGCUGCGGGUCCUGGUAACCGGAAGUCAGGAGUCAGGUUUUAUGAUGGAGCAACUGGGCGGUCUAAUGGAGAGUGGUGGCAGGAGAGGAGUCCUUGA